AAAAGAAAUGUUUGGCAUCGAAGAGACUGAGUUUGAAAUAUCUAUGGAGCCUAAAGAUAGUGCCAGUGUAGACGAGAAAGAAGGAGAGCAGAUGGAAAAGGAGAAUUUCCAAACAGAGGAAGACACAGAAAACAUAGGACAGACAGGAAGGAGGUUGGAAAGGGACAUGGGAACAGUGGAAGGAUCUGGUGUUGAAACAUCGGAAGAGUCUCUGAUGUUAUUGGAACCAGAGCAUGGAGCAGAUGAGGAGAAGAAAGGAAUGGAAGAAGAACGUCUGAUUGAACCCACCCCUUUUGAUCAAUACAUCGAUUCAUUUGGUAUUGCAGAUCAAUUAUAUAACCAAGAGAAAGGCAACAGAUUCACUGUAGACUCUGUCAAUACAGAAACUGAGAGCAACAAUGAAGCAAGCAUGGCCCACAAUGUUGACCCAAUAGAGCCCUUCAGUGUUGGACUGGACCAAUCAGGAGUCACUUUACUCAGGGAGGAAGAAGUUAGUGAUUACACACUGCUUGUGAAUAAUUCUGAAGUGAUCAAGUGCAGCCAAAUAGCAUAUGAUUGUGCUCUUACACUAGAGUCAGAUGACACUUUCAGCACUGAUCCCAAAAUCUCUCCUAGUCAACUCAUCCAAACUCCAUGUAUUGAAAUCACUAACCCCUUUCUCAAACCAUUAUUACCGCAGAGUAUUCAGGGUAAUGAGGGUGGUGCAAACACUGACCCCAAUACCACAGGGGGACUGGACACAUCAGAGGUCAUGUUACUCAGCGAGGAGGAAAUGAGUGAUCAUGUGCCGCUUGUAAAUGAAGUGAGUGUCAGUAGCCAAAUGACGUAUGAUGAUAGAACUCUCACAACAGAGCCCUGCCAAACAGAUGAGGCUUUGAGCACUGAUCCCAAUAUCUCUGCUAGUCAACUCAACCAAACUCCAUACUCGGAUGAAAGCCAUAACUCUUUUCCCAAUUCACUCUUACUGCAGAGUGUUCAGGACCAAGGUGAUAACGCAGCAAACAUCAACUCCAAUCAGAGUCCUUCUCCGAGCAGGAGGAGAAAGAUGGGGUCGACUCGUAGGCAUCCUAGAGUUGUACAAAGAGAAGAGGAGGACACAGAGGAGAAACAAGAAGUGGAAAUAGAAAGCACAGAGAUAGAAGACAAGAGAGAAAACAUGGAUGCAGUGGAAGGUUCUUGCAUGGAGUUUGAAAUGUUGAUGGAAUCUAAGGAUGGAGCUGGUAAUGAGAAGAAUGAAGGAGAAGAGAGAAAUGAGGAGACUGUCCUGACUGACCUCAGCUGUUCAUUCAGUACUUCAAAUCAAGAGGGAAGAAACAUAGAGGCUGACAAUAUAGAAAGUGAGAGCCAAUCAAUUAUAAAUCAUUCAAUGACAGCAAAACUCAUGCUUCUACGUCAAUCAGAUUUCUCUGAGGUUAUGGAAACUCUUCACAACCCUAAUGUUCCUAAUCUUGAGUCCCACUUGACUGAUGACACACUGAUUUCAACAGUAAAAGUUAGAGAGGUGGAGGAGAUAGAAGUUGAAGUGAAUACAGUCAUGGAGAGCGAGAGCAGCCAAACUGACCUGACUCUUACAGUAGAGGCCCAAGAGUCAGGUGACAUGGUUUGUAUAGACCCUCACAUCUCUGCUUUUCAACUUACCCAAACAGCAGACAUGGAGCAAUGUCUGUUAACACAAAGUAAUAGCCCCAGUCUUCUUUCAAAAUCAUCUCUGUCUCUGAGUUCCCAAUCUCACGAGGAUGUUGGUGAAUCCAAAGCUACAGGGAAGAGAAGAAAGAUGGGCUUUACUCAUCAGACACAGGGAGGACUCCACGCAGAGGAUGAGAAGCAGGAGACAGGAGAAAAUAUAACAGAGGCAGAGGUCAGAGCAGAAACCAUUGGAAAUCCAGAAGUCAAUGCUGUUUUGGAAAGAUUUCAAGAGGAGCGCAGGGCUGAAGCUGUCAGUCUGGAGGACCAACAGGAGAUACAGAGCACAGAGAAGGAGACAAUACUCAUAGAGGUGGUUGCCUCAAGCACGGUUUUGAGUGGAAAAGGGUCUGAACCAGUGGCUCCAGCUCCACAGCCAGGCCCUGGGAAUAAAAGAGGUCAAGAAAAGGCAGAGCGUGUGGAGAAGCCUCCGGGUACCUUCGGAAGCUCUGGCUCUAGUUCAAACCCCUACAACGUGGUGAUGGUUGGAAACAGCAGUGUGGGCAAAACCUCCUUCAUGAGGCGUUUCCAAAGUGGAGAGUUCUGUCUGCACCACAAUGCAACCAUUGGUAUUGAUACCUGUAUACAGUCUGUGACCGUGGAUGGCAGCCCAGUGACUCUACAGUUAUGGGAUACUGCAGGUCAGGAAAGAUUCCACAGCAUCACCAGACAAGUGUUCCACAAAGCCCAGGGUCUAAUGCUUAUGUAUGACAUCACUUCGUCUCAGAGCUUCUGUGACAUCUGCUACUGGGUCAAUUGCAUUCAGGAGGGGGCUCCAGAUGAUGUCAUCGUUAUACUCCUUGGGAACAAGACUGAUUGUGCUGAACUAGAUCGAGAGGUUCAGACUCAUGAAGGGGAGAACCUUGCAAAGGGGUACGACAUGCUCUUUAUGGAGUGUAGUGCUGCAACAGGUGACAAUGUGACUCUGUCUAUGGAAACUCUGGCAAGGAUGCUAAAGCAGCUGGGUGAGCAGACAAGACAAGAAGAGGGAAGCUUGGUGUUGCAGAAAGAACCGCCAAUGAAGAAAUCAGGCUGCUGCUGAUCAAGGUGGAGAAGAUUGGUACAUGUCAUAAUCUGCAGCACAUACACGCACGCACGCACGCACCCACGUACGCACCCACGUACGCACACACGUACGCACACACGUACGCACACACGUACGCACACACGUACGCACACACGUACGCACACGUACGCACGUACGCACACACGUACGCACACACGUACGCACACACGUACGCACACACGUACGCACACACGUACGCACACACACAUGCAUUUGUGCCCUAUAGCCCCUUAUGAUAGUAUUUUUAUUUCUAAAUGUUCUAUAUGUAAUAAAGCAGAUUUAAAUGUUAAAAACAUUUGUCAGUGCAUACCAAAGCAUAUACUGUAGUGGUAGUAAUGUAACGCUUGAGAUGAUUCUCCCUUUUCUACUUCUUUCAAACACUGUUUGUGGGGGGAAAAAUAUAUUUAUUAGAUUAUGAAGAGAUAUAUAUUCAUAGCAACACUAUUUAUUUGCAGUAGAUAGUGUCAUAUUACAAUUUAUUGUUGGGUUUCUUUUUGCUUGAAAACAUCCACCUAUGCAGUUUAUACAAGCCUAAUAAAUACAUAAUACAUUCAA